UGUUGACAGCGUGUAAUUUUUGAGUUGUGAUACCAAUGAUUGUUGUUAUUAGGCGAUAAAAGAAUUUUAAAACUGCUUAAACUUUUUAUCAGUUUAUAUAAAUUUCCUUUAAGUGUUCAUGGUUCAGGGUGGAACUAAUCGAUACAUACGUGAACAUUACGCUGUAAAAUGUAAGAGAUUUCGGUCUCACGACAUCAACUGUUGCAAUGUUGAUACUAUACAUUAAACACAUCCUAAAAGUACUCUGUGACCAUAUCGUAUUUGCACAUAGCCAACGACAGACGUAGAAAUGGUUAUAUAGCGGCGUUCCAAUUAGACCCGAAACGUGGACAAAAUGCGUGUAAAUUUGCGUAGAUUUAUGAUUAUAGGCUCCUGUCUGACUGGUGCAUGGUUUAUUUACACGUAUUUGUCAUUUUUCGUAGUCACAAAUUCAUAUAGCCGAAACAAUUUCGUGGACUUGGAGAAAAAAUUAAAUAGUUUACAGUCAAAACUUGAUGUUGAACUCAGUGACAGUAGUGUGUUGUUAGAAAGAGUUAAACAGCAUCUAAGAAGGAGUGAACAGAAUGAGAAAACCAAGGAAUUGUAUAGUAAUAACUUAGAAACACAGAGUGUUAUAAAUCCAAUCCUGCCAGUUUUAGUAAUAGCUUGCGACAGAAUAACAGUGAAGAGAUGUUUAGAUAAUCUAGUCAAAUUCAGACCUAACAAGGAGACAUUCCCUAUUAUAGUUAGUCAGGAUUGCGGGCACAACGCGACCUAUCAAGUGAUAAAACAGUACACGGAUUCUGACCCUACAAUAUCUGUGGUCAAACAGCCGGACCUUUCGGAGAUACCCUUGACCCGGGCUAAGGUCAAAUUCAAGGGGUAUUAUAAAAUUGCGAGGCAUUAUAAGUUCGCGUUGAAUUACGUAUUCAGGAGUUUGGGGCAUGAGGCUGUGAUUAUUGUUGAGGAUGACUUAGACAUCUCUCCAGACUUCUUUGAAUACUUUCAAGGGACCUAUCCAUUGUUGUUGAAGGACCCUAGUAUAUGGUGCAUUUCGGCAUGGAACGACAAUGGCAAAAAGGAAUUGAUCGACCUGUCUAGGCCAGAGUUAUUGCAUAGGACAGACUUCUUUCCAGGUCUAGGCUGGGUUUUGAGGAGUGAGACCUGGGACAUGCUGGAACCUAAGUGGCCGGAGGCAUUCUUCGACGAUUGGCUGCGAGAUCCAGAGAAUACUCAGGGCAGAGCGUGCAUAAGGCCCGAAGUGUCUAGAACAUAUUCCUUCGGAAAGGUUGGAGUGAGCAAGGGCCUAUUUUUCGACUUGCAUCUAAGAUACAUGCAGUUGAAUAUGGAAUUUGUUGAGUUCACGAAACACAAUCUCACUUAUUUAAUAAAGGAUGUAUAUGACGACAGUCUAACAUCCCUUGUCUACUCCCUUCCGGAGUCAUCAGCUGAGGAGGUGAUAGCUGGAGUCGGUUCUGGACCGGUCAGGGUAGCUUACUCGAAUGCGAAGACUUACCAGAAGGCAGCUAAGAAGUUGGGGCUAAUGGAUGAUUUCAGGAGCGGCAUUCCCCGGACUGCGUAUCGAGGUAUUGUAACAUGUUAUAUAAGGGGUCGGAGGGUUUACCUCGCGCCAAACUACGAGUGGGUCAAAUAUGACCCGAAUUGGGGGUAAAAGCCAAUAAUUGCGUGUGGACUGGAUUGUACAGAUUUAUGUUAAGUAUUUUUUUUUUUGUUUGGUGUUUUGUUUUUUUUUUUUGACGUGGAAAAGUCGUGGGUGACUUUAGUAUGUCGGAAAAUGUUUUGAUUUGUAUCUCGGAAACACUCUGUGGUAGCUAAUUGUUUACAAAAUUAUUGAAACGAUGUUUUUUUUAAAGUUGGCAAUUAAUAGAAUAGCGGUUGGCCGUAUUGGAUUGUUUUUAUUAUGUCAAAAUUGUAAUGACCAAUUUUUGCAAUUGACGAAUGCAAUAGAGAUGUCCCAAAGAUAAUGGAAAAAAGGGAUAGUGUGAGAAAAUAUUAAAUACCCGUUAAUGCCCCGUAAAAGGGCCAUUAUUUGCCCCGGUACGGGGCGCAGGGCUCUGUGACCGAUCGUCUCUUCCAGUGUUUGCCGAUUACCAGUGUGUACAUCUAAAAAGCCGUUGUGAUAAUGCUUUCUCUUUCUCGCACACGGAAUUGUAUAUAAUUAGAGCGAGAUGGAUUGAUGGGUGGAUAUUGAUAUAGAAGUAGUGAAAUAUUUAUGCGAUGAGAAAAAGAAACAUUUGCUAAAUCAUAGACAAAUUAAUUUCUCAUUUUUCAUUUUUAUAUAAGUAUUAGUGGAAUUUUAUAAAUAUAUAUAUAUAAACCAGCCAAGUACGUCAUAAAAAAAUGUGUUCACAGUCAGACGGACAACAAAGUGAUACUUUGGGGAAAAAAACCGUCAUUUUUUUUUUUCAGUUGCGUCGAAUAAGUUUUAAUCAAGGAUUUAAAAUAGGCUCAAAAUAAAAACAAUAAUUAACCUCAAAAAAGCAUAAAAAUACAUCUGUAUAUUAAGAUGUUUUAGCAUAAAAUGUGUGCAUAAAAUGAAUUGUUAUAAUUUGUUUUCAAUUGAAAUGGUCGAAUUCCAGUUUUCGUCAUAAUAUCAUUUUUUACAACUACCCAUCUGGAUAAUAUAUCUAUCUCGCUCUGGCAAAUGAACUUUCUGAAAGAGCGAAAGAGAAGUCAAUAUAAAAACACACGCAUUCUAGAAUGUUCUAUUUAGGCAAUAUCCACUCGUAGCAUAAUUUUUUUCAUAUAUACUACUAUAGUUAAUAUAAAAUUAAAGACUGUGAUUUGCAUUGUAUAUAAGUCACGUUAUAUAAUAUAUAAAUACAUAAUAUUAUAUAAAUAACUAAUGGCUUCUUUGAAGCGAGAGAAUUGAUUUUUUUUUAUAAUAUUCUUAUUAGUAAUAUGUACCUACCUACUGCGCUUUAUAAGAUACCAGUUUUUUAUUGGCGAAGAAAUGGAAAUAACAAAGAUAUAACUUAGUAUUUUCUGUUGUUUGAUUUUACGCGAGUUUUUAUUUAAAACUCCUUUAACGGAUUUUAAACAUAUAUUCGUUAUACAACAGCGAGCGAGGCCUUGGAUAGAUAAAGAGAGAAGUUACUAACAUUGUAGUUAAGACAUUCGUUUCUCAGCAAUUGGUAGGUUGAUUAUGCUUUCUGAAUGUUGGCAGUGCUGGCUGAUAGCGUGAUAUAUAGUCUUUGCUAUGUUCACAUGGGGUUUUACAUUCUAAAUAACAGGAUCCCAUGUGUAAGUAAGCCGUGAAACCAUGUUCUCUAUUGAUAUGUAGAUGAGAAAUUUUGAAAGAAUACAAUAAUUUGAUCACGAGGCGGGAUUCGAACCCGCGUUCUUUUGCCAUACCGUAGCAACGCCUAGCCUCUCGGCCACCCGUGUGCCUGCUACAGUAAUC